GGGGAUGCCUCCUCCCACUCUUUUUGUCGCCCCUCCGCUCCGGCCGCCCAUCGCCAGCAGCACCACCCCCUCUCCCUCCCAUUGGGCCACCUACCAGCGCCUCCGGCAUGGAGCUCCGCCUCUGCCUCCACCUCCACUCCCACGCGCGCCCCCCUUCCGCCCCGACGCCGCCGCCAUGCCCCGCGGCCGUGCUGCUUCCCGCGUCCCGCCGCCUUCGGAUUGGUAGGAGCUGCGGGGUUGCUCCGCGGCGGAGUACGAGGCGUUCGCAUUCAGCCAUCUGCGCUGCUGAACCGGACGGCGCGCAGGGCGGGGAGGCUGUCAAGGAGAGGAGCGUCUCGGUGAUCCUCCUGUCCGGAGGGCAGGGAAAGAGAAUGGGGGCCAAUAUGCCUAAGCAGUAUCUACCAUUACUGGGAGUACCAAUUGCACUGCACAGUUUAAAGACAUUCUGUGCAAUGAAGGAAGUGAAAGAAGUCGUGGUGGUGUGUGAUCCAUCCUACAAAAAUGUAUUUGAAGGUUCUGCUGAAAAUUUGCAAAUACCUAUUAAAUUUACAACCCCGGGAAAAGAGAGACAAGACUCUGUUUUUAAUGGACUUCAGGAAAUUAAUGGAGAUUCAGAACUUGUUUGUGUCCAUGAUUCUGCAAGACCCUUGGUAUCCUCUGAAGAUGUGAAAAAGGUCUUAGAAGAUGCUGCGGUGCAUGGAGCAGCUGUUCUCGGUGUGCCCGUCAAAGCUACUAUAAAGGAGGCCAACAGCGAUUCUUUCGUCGUAAAAACCCUUGAUAGGAAAACUCUUUGGGAAAUGCAAACUCCGCAGGUAAUGAAGCCUAAUCUGCUCAGAGAUGGUUUCGAGCUUGUUAAGAGGGAUGGCCUUGAGGUCACUGAUGAUGUUUCCAUUGUAGAAUACUUGAAACAUCCUGUUUACAUCACCGAGGGCUCUUAUACAAACAUCAAGGUGACUACUCCUGAUGACAUGCUCCUAGCUGAGCGUUUGAUGAAUGAUAAAUAGGGCCGAUAUGAACAAUAUUUACUUGAUUUGAGAGGCACCUGUAUGAAUUUAUCAGCACGAAAUUCCAUUGCCUUUCCACAAUUUUGGCCUCUUGGAAACUAGAAAAAUAAACAUGUAGCUCAUACACGAGAUAUAUAACCUGUAUGUAACAUUCUUUCCGUGCCAAUGAAAAUAUGGCAAUGUUUUCUGUUUGA